AUGUCGUCAGAAGAAGAGGACCCAUCGAAGCCAUCGUUCUCAUGCCAUCCGUCACGCUUUCCAUACACUGCUGCAGGAGAGUUAGCCAAUGUCUACCUCGUUAGCCACAAAACGAGCAAAAAGACGUAUGCUCUCAAAAUAUUCGACAAGCUCCAUUGCUUUGAACACACCGCUGGUUUUGACGCCGUCAAGAGUUUGAACCGGGAAGCCGAAGUCCUCCGGCUGAUUCAGAGUCCCUUCAUUCUGCAAAUGUACCAAUCUUGGCAAGACAAGACCUGUGUCUACUUUUUACUGCCCCUGAUUCCGGGAGGGGAGCUAUCCAAACGACUUUAUGAUUACACCAAUCAAGAAGGAAACAGCACGGACGUGGGAUUGCCAACCGACCAUGCCUUGUUUUACAGCGCCUGCAUUGCGGAAGCCAUUGCCCACAUGCACCAACGCAAUAUUGCUUACCGUGAUUUGAAACCAGACAAUAUCAUGAUUGACCGCGAGGGAUACUGUGUCCUGAUUGACCUAGGUUUCACGAAGGUUAUCAUGGACAAGAGUUACACCAUGUGUGGGACACCCGGUUAUGUGGCAAGUGAACAACUCGCCAGUGGAAAUCGAGGUGGGGGUGUUCGCAGGCACCAUACGAAACUGGUGGAUUGGUGGAGUUUUGCCGUCGUACUGUAUGAACUACUCAAGAAUCAAACUCCCUUUCAAUGUCCCGGCAUGGAUGAUUGGGAUACCCAGGAUGCCAUUAUGAUUGCCGAUUACAAAUGUCCCGGCUUUUUCCCUGCCGCUGCUAAGGAUUUGAUUGAUAAGUUGAUCGUUGUGGAUGUCACAAAACGGUUGGGGUAUGCGGCCGAACCAGGCACCAGCAAUCAUGCCGCCAUUCUUCAACAUGAAUGGUUUGAGACUAUUGAUUUUGACAAGUUGCGAGCCAAGGAGCUAUCAGCACCAUGGAUUCCGCCCCUGCAAGAUGACAAGGAUACGUCUCACUUUUACGAAUUUGAUGAAAAGGAGGAGGAGUAUCUGCCUUAUCGCAGCUUGUCAGCGACAGAGCAGAAGGAGUUUGAAAAGUUCGAGUUCAAAGAGACAACAUGA